ACUCCGUGGGUCGCACCUGCCACCGCGGACCCCGAAGCACUUGCCAAGCGCUACGCGCGCAGAGUGUGCAGCCCCGCACCGCCGCACAGGGAGACCGGCUGGGGCUGGCGGCCCCCACGGGCUCGCUCCUGGCUUUGGGGCCGCUUACCCUCUCCUUUUCGAUGGCCUGUGCCAGGAAGACGCGCUGGCUCGGGGCCUGAGCUUGCUGGACUCCCGUCCCCGCCACCCCUGGCAGGCAGCGCUGCGGCCCGGCGGUGCAAUGCCUCCGGGAGAUCCGCCCCCCGCCCAGCUGAUCGCUCCUGUUGCGCAAGAAUAAGAAGCGGUGGCCGCUAGCGGCGCAGGAGAACCGCCAGAAGCUCGUCGGCGCUGCGCAGGGCGUCCAGGGCUCCUCCAGCGCCACAGAUUCAUGCUUACUGAAGAUGUCAAACAUGGGAGUGGUGUCCACCUGCUUCUGCGUCCGUUCUUUCGUACACCUGCUUAGGCCGGGAGUGCAGAAAAUGGGCUAUUUCCAACUGCACACUGCAUCCAGGUGUGCUGCUAAGAAUCACUACGAAGUGCUGGUGCUCGGCGGGGGCAGUGGUGGAAUCACCAUGAGCGCUCGGAUGAAGCGGAAAGUGGGAGCUGAAAACGUGGCUAUUGUUGAACCACAUGAGAAACAUUACUAUCAACCCAUGUGGACACUAGUUGGUGCUGGUGCAAAACAGCUAGCAACCUCUGGACGUCCGACAGCCAGCGUGAUUCCUUCAGGUGUAAAAUGGAUCAAAUCUACAGUCACAGAGUUGGAUCCAGACAAAAACUGCAUCCGUUUAGCGGAUGACAAAAAGAUAUCUUACAAAUAUUUGAUAAUUGCCCUUGGGCUUCAGCUGCAUUACGAAAAGAUUAAAGGUUUGCCUGAGGGUUUUAAUUAUCCUAAAAUAGGUUCCAAUUAUUCAGUCCACACAGUAGAGAAAACAUGGAAGGCUUUGCAAGACUUCAAGGAAGGAAAUGCCAUCUUCACUUUUCCAAACACUCCAGUGAAAUGUGGAGGAGCUCCUCAGAAAAUCAUGUACUUGUCAGAGGCCUACUUAAGAAAGACAGGAAAACGAUCCAAAGCCAACAUCGUCUUCAAUACUUCACUUGGAUCAAUUUUUUCUGUUCAAAAGUAUGCUAAUAGAUUGCUGGAGAUAAUUAAGGCUAGAAAUAUUGUUGUUAACUACAAACACAAUCUGAUUGAGGUUCGGGCAGACAAACAAGAAGCUGUAUUUGAGAAUUUGGACACACCUGGACUGACUGAGGUUUAUCAGUAUGAAAUGCUUCAUGUCACACCACCUAUGGGACCGCCUGAUGUACUCGUGAACAGUCCUGUUUCAGAUGCAGCUGGCUGGUUAGACAUAGAUAAUGAAAGUCUGCAACACAAGAAAUACCACAAUGUGUUUGGUAUUGGAGACUGCACGAACCUUCCAACAUCAAAAACAGCUGCAGCAAUAGCUGCCCAGUCUGCAGUGCUUGAUAAAACAGUUUCUUCGGUAAUGAAGAGCCAAUUGCCAACUAAAAAGUACGAUGGAUACACUUCCUGUCCCAUUGUAACAGGCUACAAUAGUGUGAUUCUAGCAGAAUUUGACUACAAUUCUCAGCCUCUGGAAACGUUUCCCAUUGACCAGAGUAAGGAGAGACUACUGAUGUACUACAUGAAAGCUGAUCUAAUGCCUUUUCUUUACUGGAAUGGAUUACUAAAGGGUUACUGGGGAGGUCCUGCUCCUAUAAGAAAGCUGCUGCAUCUUGGUUUGAAAUAAUGAUCCAGUCAACUUUGCUUACUGGCCAGAACUAAGUCUAAGAAAAGGAACCAUGUUUAAAACACACACCUGUUCUCUCAAAUAAUAGGAGCACAUACUUCUAUGGAUAUUGUACUUGAUGUAUCAAAGGCCAGGUUUUUCUUCUGGUGAGAAUUAAACCUUUAAUUCAAAGUU